UGACCAGUUGUAAACUUUCCUUGGUGAGGUGAGGGUUGUCGGUCCCUCAAGUUGUGAAUAUCUGUAGUCACACGGCGUAGUAGUGUUGUGAUCCUUGUGAUUUGUGUACAAAUGUGUAAAUGAAUGCUACGAUGACGUAGAUAUGCCAUACCGGUCAUUUCUAAGGGGAAUUGUACAAGUUUUUUGAGUGAAUUACCUGUGACAAGCACGGCGUUGUUACCUGUCCUCGCGCAAAAUGGGUGAUGACGCAGGAGCAAGGCGUGUCCAGGAGAGGGAGAACUUGCGUCAUAUUAUACAACAGUGGAACGCCAACAGACUCGACUUGUUCGAAAUCUCUGAACCAAACGAGGAGCUGGAGUUCCACGGGGUGAUGCGGUUCUACUUCCAAGACUCCGGGCAGAAGGUGGCCACGAAGUGCAUCCGGGUCCCCAGCACCGCUAACUCCCGCUACGUCAUUGAGACGCUGGUCGAGAAGUUCCGGCCGGAUAUGCGCAUGCUCUCCAUCCCCGAGUACGCGCUCUACGAGAUACACGAAAACGGAGAUGAACGUCGACUGGCGGAUGAUGAGAAGCCGCUGUUGGUGCAGUUAAACUGGAACAAAGAUGACCGGGAGGGCAGGUUUCUCCUUCGGCGGAUGGACCUCUACAACUUUGGCUUGUCUUAUGAGGGUGGUUCUACAUUAGUCAACACUCUACCCCCUCACCCUACCACACCCAUACCAACCAAAGAGCAGCCAUUCCAGCGUAAAUUAUCCAAACGUGAGAAAAAAGAACUUAAGAAGCAAGAGAAACUGCGUAGAGCAAACGAAGCAAAUGAAGCCGACUCGUCAGUGGCAGAAAAAUUAUAUACAGAGUUACCAGAAACAAGUUUCACACGUAGCAUCAGUAAUCCUGAGGCUGUGAUGAGACGAAGAAGAGCUCAGAAACUGGAGAAAAAACUGCAACAGUUCCGAAGUAAAGAUGGUGGGCCUGAUACAGGUGGCACUCUGAAGAUUUAUGGUGAAUCUCUCCGUCCUGAUGUGCCUUAUAAGACGCUACUCCUGUCUAUCCGAGAUAAUGCUCUCAGUGUGGUGGGAGAAAUGUUAGAUAAAUAUGGCCUUUAUAAAGAAGAUCCCAAUAAUUAUUGUCUGGUGCAGACUGUCAUAGGCAUUGAAGAUGGCUAUGGAGGACCUACAUCCCCACUUAAAGAAUAUAUCCUUGAUGAUGACGAGUGUCCACUGGCUAUUCUUAUGAAUCAUCCACCUUCCAGAGGGUCGAUCAUGUUCCAUGUCCGGCGGCGGCCUGCGGACCACGGCCCCCGCAAGCGGAAGAAGAAGCCGGUGAAGGGCGCAGGCAGCGGGCCAGGGGGCGAUGCCCUUGAUCACCACCGCUCCAGAGACCCCUACUUCCUGCCUGACAGGCUGCCCUUCCUUGUUGAGCUAGGUCCUGAUGGCACUGAACUAGGUGGGACAGGUAGACAGCAUCAGCUACACCUCAAUGUAACGGAAGUUGGCACAGACCGAAGCACUCACACCGGAGGACAGUCUCUUCAGCUUUUUGGCUCUAACAUCCAGCCUCGCCACUGUGUCAUCGCACAUACAGAAGGCAUCGUCACUGUCACACCAUGUUCCCGGGAUGCAGAUACCUUCGUUAAUGGACAACGCAUAUAUGAGACCACAAUUCUUCAGCAUGGCUGCUUUGUACGAUUUGGACGUAUCCACAAUUUCCGAUUCAUUGAUCCACAACAGGAUGAUCGAAUGCGUCAACACCACCUAAUAGACAGAUCUGGGCAAGAGAAGACUGCAACAGGGGGACCUGGGGAGAAGCAAGAGGCUGGGGGGGACACCGUGUCGCAUGCUGGGUCACACUCGGGCUCUCAGGCUGGGUCACGCAACUCUAAGUCAUCCGCGCAAGAACGUCCCAACAGGAUUGAUCAAAGCUUUGAGGGCAGGGGCAACUAUGAACGAUAUCCUCCAGCCCGAGAUCCAAUACUUCCUGCCGUGCUGGAAUUUCGAGAGGAAAGUGAAGAGGCAUUUCUUCAUGCCAUUACGACUGACCUUGACCCAACCGAUGUACAGUUUAAACUUGCACCAACGUAUACGCUCUACAUGGCUGCCAGGUUUAGAGCAUCAACCCACUACCGUCCAGACCUGAGCCCAACAGACCGUGCUCACAGGUUAACAGAAAUGCUCACCAAGGUUGCAGCAAUGGUUCAAAAUGUCAUACAUUCUCGUCAUGGAGAUCCCACAUCUUUAGCCUUCUGGAUGGCAAAUGCUUCAGAAUUACUCCACUUUUUGAAGCAAGACCGACACGUUUGUGGCUAUUCUCUUGAUGCUCAGGAUAUUCUAGCGGAGGCUGUUCAGGUUGCCUUUAGAAGUUUGGUGGACUGCAUGCAAGCAGAGUUGUCUACAUCAUUACCAAUGUUUUUGGAAGAUAGAGAUGAUGUAAAUGAAGAGGAAGGGUCCACCGCUCACGUGCUGUCCAUCUUAACCAACACCAUGGCUUUGUUGCGACGGUGUCGGGUGAAUGCUGCUCUAACUAUUCAGCUGUUCUCUCAGCUUUUUCAUUUCAUCAACAUGUGGGUGUUCAACCGAAUUGUAGUCGACUCUCACCCCAAUUUUUGCACCAGAGUGUGGGGUAUAAGACUAAAACGACGUUUAGCUCGUAUUGAGCUGUGGGCAGAGAAGCAGGGGCUAGAGCUGGCUGCCGAUUGUCACUUGGCGAGACUCUCACAAGCAGCCAUGUUGCUACAUUCCCAAAAGUCUGCUCCAGAUGAUAUAGCAACCAUAUCAUCCACAUGUUUCAAACUUAAUUCACUUCAGCUCCGAGCUCUAUUAGAAAAAUAUCAGCCGAUGCAAGAUGAGCCGAAAAUACCUCAAGACCUGAUUGACAAUGUUGUAGCUGUUGCAGAAAGCACAGCUGAUGGCCUGGCUCGAGAAGAUGGUAGAGAAGUGCGGUUAGAAGAGGAGAUUGAUUUACAGCUUCCGUUCCUUCUGCCAGAGGAUGGGUAUUCUUGUGAUAUAGUACGUGGCGUUCCCUCGGGUCUGGCUGAAUUUUUGAACCCUCUCCAACAUGCUGGGCUGUGCAGUAUGAAUCCACAGCCAUCAUCCUCUGGUUAUUGGACCAUAUAUAUGCAUGACCAGGAUAUGAGGCCUCCUCCAGGGCCUCGAAGUCCUAGUGUGAUGAGUAAUCGAUCGAUGUCUAUUCCGCGUGGUGAGCCAGAAAUCCACAUUAUCCAACUACACAAAUCCAACAAUGGGAUGGGGCUUUCUAUUGUUGCAACUAAGGGUGUUAACCAGGACAAGUUGGGGAUCUACAUCAAGAGCGUCGUUCCAGGAGGAGCUGCAGACCAGGAUGGGAGACUGCAGGCAGGGGAUCAGCUUUUAUCAGUGGAUGGAAAAUCUCUGAUUGGCAUCACCCAAGAGCGUGCAGCCGAGUACAUGAUGGAAACUGGCCCUGUAGUGACCUUGGAAGUGGCUCGACAGGGAGCCAUUUACCAUGGAUUGGCUACCAUCCUAUCACAGCCAUCGCCUCAUGUUAACCGAGCAUCCCUGCGGAAGAUGCGUCCUCGGGCAGAGGAGGCCCCUCGUGCAGCUAUGACUAACAGCCAGUCCACGCCUAACAUGGGCGGGUUCAACGAGCGGCUGGUGGAUUGGAAUCAGCCUCCUCGCCAGCAUCCCCUCCCCCCAACCUCCUCCCACAGCUCUCUGAUGGCCAGGUCUAGCCCCAAUCUGGCUGCUCCAAUUGAAGGUUAUCCUGGUGGUCGGCAUUUGAGCGAGCGUGAUCUUCCAUCCAAAGUACUUGGGGAACACAAUCAGGACUCUCCUGCACCCUCUCACCUUCACCAAGCUCCUCGUAUGCAAGCAUCCAAGUCUGUCCCCUCGCUGAAUAGUGAAGCUGGCAGUAGUGUAGGAGGGAAGCCAGCUUCUCUCGAGGUCUUCAACCCUUCUUACUCCCGCACCUCCUCUAAUACCUCACUGUCACAGCCUCCAAAUCCUCAGUUUUCUCACCAUCCUCAUCACCAACACCACCAUCAGCAGCAACAACAGCAGCAGCAGCAGCAGCAGCAGCAACAACAACAGCAGCAACAGCAACCUCCAGUCCGUUCCAGGUCGACCCAAAAUCUGAGUGAUGGAAGUUAUCCAGGCCUUGUUGGUCGUCAUCCAAGUAAUCCCAGCCUCAUGGCGGAAGAGGAACGCUACUAUCAAAAUGUAAACUUUCAUCAAGGCACCCAAGACUCUCGCAUGGGCUCAAUACGAACUCGUCCAGUUCAGGCACUCCCAAUGGGUUCUCCAGCAUCGCAAGAAUCUUCAGAACAUGUGCGACCUGAUGCUCGACCCGAUCCCCGCCCGGCUUCGGCGUUUAUGCAGCGAGAGGAUUUAAUACCUCACAGAUCAGAAUUACAGCGUCCAGCCUCUCAACGUGAUCUUCGUGCCGAUGCAAAGAUGUCAGAAAUGGCAGAAGAAGUGCGACGGCGAGAGGAGCGUGCACGCCUUAAUGGUCACACAUCAUCUACUCUACCACAGCGAUCCAGCCAGAACCAACCACCUCACCGUGUGCCAAAUACCUUUCCAGCUACAAGUACUCCCUUCUUACCCGAUAAUUACAGUGGCUCACAGGGCUUCCCAAAUCAACACCCUGCUUAUCACCAUACCACUUCACAACCACUUAGUCCGCAGGGGACAAUGGCAGGGCUCCAACAAACACCUCAGCAGGCCCAUCCACAAUAUAGUGGACAUGGGCAAACUUUGCCGGGUAAGCUUCCUCCUCCAACAGCCCCCAAGCCAAAAUCACAGGGUGGCUUGCCGGGUUCUUCCCUGUCUGAGGCACCAGAGAAACCCUCACGACAGUUUGGUUAUGAUGGAACUAAUUCCAUUGAUGGACCUCCAAGACCACCCCCACCAGAGGAGGGGUAUCGGGAAUCUCCACCACCACCUCCGCCCCCUACCUCUACUCAUCCACUUCUCCAGACCAGCAACCGGCCAGCUUCUGGUGUAAGCCAGUUACCUAACAAAUCGGCCUUCAAUAAAACCAGCCCAUGGGAUAGAGAACAGAAGGAACUGCACGAUCGUCAUCGGCGUGAGGCUGCUCGACAUUGGCGUGAUGAGCAGAUUUCAAAACUUGAAAAUCUUUCUGUGCGUACAUCUCAGCAGGAUGAAAGACUACGAACUCUUCGCUUGGAAAAAGAGUUUCAGCGUCGUGCAGAGGAGGCUCUUACAAAUGAUGAUGAUGACGAUGAUGAUGAAGAUGACGACGAUGAUGAUGAUGUGGAUGUUUCAAAUGACAAUGAAGUUAUCCUGAGACGAGGUCCAGAGAAUAGUGUAAUCAGAGACUAUAAUAAACCUACAAAUACAGCCUCAAUCACCACUCCUGGUCAAGAGUCUCGGAUGAAUGGUGGUGGCCCUGCUGAUGAGGAGCGUGCAAGGAAAGUUGAUGAGAUCCGAAGGAAGCAACAAGAGUUAGAGGCUGCAAAGGAAGUUGAAGAACGUCUCUUGCGGGAGGCACAGCGUCGGCAACAGGAGGAACACAUGCGCCGUUUCCAGCAGCAACACCACGAGCAGCAGCAGCAGCAGCAGCAGCAGCAGCAACUACUACUUCAACAGCAACAACAACUUCAACAAGGCAUUGCUCCUCAACAUCCUCAGUACCAGCAUCAGCACCAUGCAACCCAGAGACUUGACUCUCUUGUUGCUACCCCUUUCCAUACACAAUACAGCAAUGGUCCAGUAAAUGGGGUAAGAGGAUCUCAUAAUAGUUACCCAGACCAACCUGGGAUGAGUGAGAAUAAUCAGCGUUCAGACACUGUAACGGCUGCUUCCCAGCACAGCCCGAUUCCUCCAGAAAGAGGCUCUUCGUACUCUAUAAUGCAACAAACGACUACUCCAGCACAGCCAGCAACAAAUAAUCGUUACAAGGGUCAAGAUGCAUCAUCUACUAUAAAGCGUGUGCAAUUCUCAGAGACCACAACUGUUGAUGCACACAUUACUUAUGACAAUAAUGCCAACCAAGAGAAAACACCACGACAGGACCCUAAUCAUAUCAGACUGCACUUUCAAAAGAACUUCAUUAAUGAGGCAGAAACCUUUUUAACCUCAUCACCAACACUUAACGUUGGAGGCAUCACUCCAGGUGUGAUCGGGGCUCAAGAGGUGUACAGGGAUCCUCGCAUGCGACGAUUACAACAAAAACAAGCUGAACAAGCAGCUGCAAAGAAUCCUGGACCAGAGAAACUUACUUUCAAGGAGAAAAUGAAAAUGUUUGCAAUGGAAACUGGGGAGGCAGAAACUCCUAAAGACAAAGUUAAAAUUAGCAGAGCUCAAAGAGACAUAGAGCAUUGAGUUUACAGUGGGAGUUCGGCCGCAUCACUUGAUAGUUACAGCAAGCCAUAGUGGCUUUCAACUUCAUAUUUGUACAGUUGGUUUCUUUAAACAUUUUAUUUUGCAAAGACUUCUGGCAUUGUUUACAUAUAGUGUAAAACUGAAUCCAGCUAUUUUUUAUUUGUAUAGCUUAGAGCUGGUAUUUGUUGAAGUUAAUUUACUGCAGUGUAAUAGAUAUCUAAAAAUAACUUAAAAAGUUGAUACUGGCAGCUUGUUGGAGAGGAUCAGACCAUCUUUGUUCUUGUAAAAUAUUAGCUAGUGUUUUUUCCUACUCACAUAUCAGCACUAGUACAAAGUGUACAAAAGUCGAGUAUCUCCCUCCAGCAACUAACUGUAAUGGGUCAGCUAUCUGAAAGAACCUAAUUACCAUCAGUCAUUGCCUCUCCUGCUUAAUGUGGACACUGAUGGCAUGACUUUUAACCAGUAUGUUGUAAGUAUGAGCAGUUGGUGACUUACCUUCCAUUAUGCCAUUUUAUUCACUUGCUUUUUAUAUAAAUUGGAAUUUUAGAUUAAUAGGCAUAUUUCCAUAGUUUGGCUGUCCCUGUGUACAUAUGUAAAGUUUGGGGGGGGUAAGGAGCCAACUCAUACUCGCAGGAAUGUGCACCUCUGCUUCAAUAUUUGUAAAUAAAUAAUGUUGCAGUAUCGAGGGAAAAAGUUCUCUAGGAUUUAUUUUUAAAUAUUGCACAUAGAAAAUUUACAGCUGAAAACCCUUGAGGGGGACUCAUUUUAUGGAAUCUUGUCACAAUUACUAGUUAGUGCAGGCAGUGAUGUCUUGCAAUGUUAUAUUGGAGGAAGAAUAUAUAUGUACAUUUAUCAGUUAUUUUAUGAUUAUUAUGGAAUAAAGUGUGGUAGGCUGGGGUAUGUGGAUAGAAGAUUAAUCGUGUCUGUGAUAAAGGGAGACCCCAGCCCUUCCUCACUCAUUUUACACAAUAUAUUAAAUCCAGAAACUAA